CUGCCUGCGUCCUACUUCCCUUCCCCAAAAACGCCACAUCUGACUGGGAGGGAGAAACGGGUAAAUCCACAGUGGAGUUUGAUCACGGACGUCAAGAUGCUGGCACUAAUAAACCGGCUUUUGGACUGGUUCAAGUCUCUGUUUUGGAAGGAGGAGAUGGAGUUGACGCUGGUCGGCCUCCAGUACUCGGGAAAAACAACAUUUGUAAAUGUGAUCGCUUCUGGGCAUUUCAGUGAGGACAUGAUCCCCACAGUCGGAUUCAAUAUGAGGAAGGUCACCAAAGGAAACGUCACCAUAAAGAUCUGGGAUAUAGGAGGGCAACCAAGGUUCAGGAGCAUGUGGGAGCGCUACUGUCGGGGAGUUAAUGCAAUUGUGUACAUGGUUGAUGCCGCAGAUCGAGAAAAGGUGGAGGCAUCGAGAAACGAGCUUCAUAAUUUAUUAGACAAACCUCAGUUGCAAGGAAUUCCUGUUUUGGUACUCGGUAACAAAAGGGAUCUUCCCACUGCUCUAGAUGAGAAGCAGCUCAUCGAGAAAAUGAAUCUCGCGGCUAUUCAGGACAGAGAGAUAUGCUGCUACUCCAUUUCCUGUAAAGAAAAAGACAACAUUGACAUCACACUUCAGUGGCUCAUCCAGCACUCAAAAUCCAGGAGGAGCUGAAAAUGCAGGAGUUGUUGUCCAGCCAUGUUUGCCAUGAUACUGUCAUGCCACACCCCCAUCACUCUGCGAUGUUGUACAGUCUCCCAGCUCACGUGUUGCACUGUUCUGUCACGUCACACUAUUUUUUUUCUCCCUCACCUCAUGAUUCUUUCACAGAUUGUGAGAAUGCACUACUAAAUAUGUGAUUCUAUACCAAAAUUAAGGUACGAAAUUGGCAUUAUAUGUCCUGUAAAGCUGUUUCCUUUAACGUGGAGGAAGAACGUGUUGUCUGUCUCUACCUUUUACCAUUAAGGCAUUACCCAGUUGAUUAUACCCAGUGGUUUGUAACACUAAUCUUGGGUAUACAGCAACAGACACAGAUCUCAAGGGAGUGUUGAUGUCAAACAGGCCCCACAUAAUGAAAAGAUACUCUUCAUACACUCAGAUAGGAUUCCAGGAGAUGGCCGAUGUGGACAUAAAGAUUUUCCCAUUUCUCUAGAAACUUACUCUGUGAUUGUCUUUUAUGACCAUCACCUUUCACUUGAUCUGGUUUUUGUUUUUCAAGGACAUGUCUGUUGUUUUAGAAAACUGCAUUUGCAAGUCAAUUGAAGCAGGUCUGUACGAAUAUCAAGCUAGUAUGAUUUUUACUGAUGUGAGAUGUGCGUGUAUGAAUAUUUGAUUCUAUUUAAAGUCUGAAUGUACUAAAAGUAAAGCUGUACAGGAUUGUGUGGUUCAUAUUGGCCUCUGUUUGUAAGCAGCCUCAGUGGAUUGAUGUCCUUUGCGCUGCCUCGAGGCUGAGAGAGUGGCAGAAUUCAAAGUGCCUUGUGCAAUGUCUCUCACCCCUGAAGCAAAGCAGCGUGCAAGGUGUGCCUAAAUGAAAAAAUACCCCACCAUUUCAAUAUAUUCAAGAAAUAAAACGGCAUGCUUUUUAAUUUA